AGGGUGGAGUAGGGGCUAAACCAGGGUCCCGACAGUGGAGUCAUCAGUUUUCGCUUUCCACAGUCCGUAUAGUUACAAUAUUAUCGACAAAUCCUCCCAUAAAUUCACCCAAUACAUGAAAUUAAUACGGAGAACCGUAAACAAUCGUGUUAUCCAGCCAUUGUCCAGUGAAUUGUGAUAGUUAAUCAUAAGUUUAACCAACAACAAUAAUUUUUAUCGCCGAGUCAACAGUCGUAGAUACUAUGACUGUGUGCUCUGGAAUGUCAUCGAUGAAAGCGUCAUUACUGCUUCUAUUCACCAUUGUAUCAGUCACGGUCAUCAAUGGUGAAGAUGGCCACUGCAUCUGGUAUGGUUCCUGUCACAGAGAUGCACUGGACCAUGCCAAGUACUGUCCAUACUCCGGCCCGGCCAAGCCACUGGACCCCGAGGGACAGGGGUUCCUAGCAAAACUCUGUCCCCAUAUGAUUCAGGCACCCGGUAAAGAGAUCAAAACGUGCUGCAACACAGAACAACUGAAGAUUCUCGACCAGAACAUUCUUCUAGCUGCAAGUAUUCUGUCACGUUGUCCCAGCUGUCUCGGGAAUUUGGUUAAACAUUUCUGUGAAUUUACGUGCAGCGAGAGUCAGAGUGAAUUCCUGAAUAUAACCAAAUUUGGGCCCAAUGAUACGUAUAUCGAUGGGGUCGAUCUUUACGUGACAAAUAACUAUCUGGAGGAGACUUUUAAAUCUUGCAGCAGAGUUUCAGUUCCCAGCACUGGCCAAUUAGCCUUUGACCUCAUGUGUGGGGACUGGGCAUCGAGUCAUUGCACUCCUAAGAGGUGGUUCGAAUUCAUGGGAGACGCUGCGAACAAUCCUUAUGUACCAUUUCAGAUUACGUACAUUGGGACGAAUAAAAAAGUUGGAAAUUUUACACCGAUGGAUCCGAAUAUCACACCUUGCAGCAAACCAUACAAUUCGACAACAGCAGCUUGCAGUUGCGUGGACUGUGAAGAAAGUUGUCCAGUGCCACCACCAGCUCCUCUGCCCCCCAAGCCGUUCAGUCUGUUCGGUUACGACGGAUACGCAGUAACAAUGACCAUAAUCUUCAUCCUCGGAACCCCAUUAUUUCUCCUGUCGAUCGUAUGUUUCACCAAUCGAAAGACGAUAGUUGCAAGGGGCGAGGAAGUAGGGAGACAGGUGGGUAGACGUCUCACCGCUGGUUUGCAUCACCCUGGAGAUGGUGCACGUAUUGCUCUGGCUGCUGAUCAGGAGGACAGUCCACUGCAGUCGAAAAGAUCGAGUGUCACAUCAGCUGAUGAUUUACCUAGUGGCCUUCAAGAAGAGGAGUCCACGAUGAUCGAGAAACUGGGAGCAAAUACAGAUAAAUUUCUUCAGGAAUUUUUCUGUGCAUGGGGUGUCUUCUGCGCCAAACGACCUGUCGAAGUUCUCCUCAUGAGUGCUUGUGUAAUCAUCGCCCUGGGCUGUGGCAUCAGAUAUACUCACGUGACAACAGAUCCAGUGGAGUUGUGGGCAUCAGCGACAUCGAGAUCGCGAGUGGAGCGACAGUACUUCGACAGUCAUUUCGAGCCCUUCUACAGGAAUGAGCAGAUAAUAAUAUCAGCUGUGGGACUUCCUAACAUCAUUCAUAAUACAUCAGACGGCAUGAUCAGCUUUGGCCCAGUCUUCCACCGAGAAUUUCUGACGACAAUCUUGGAGCUUCAGGAAGGAAUCAAAGCCAUCAAGACUAAGAACAAUUACACUCUAGCUGAUAUUUGUUUUGCUCCUAUGACAAAUGCUUUCACUGGGCCCCCGACAGUGGAGAAAUGCACGAUUCAGAGCAUCUGGGGAUACUGGACCAAUAGCAUGGAGAGAUUCAACGAAACAGACGAAGAACACGGUUACACUAUUAAUUAUCUGGACCACUUUAAGACCUGCACAAAUAAUCCGUAUAAUUCAGAGUGUCUAGCUCCUUAUGGAGGUCCCAUAGAACCAGCAAUAGCUGUUGGAGGAUUUCUGUCACCAGGACAAUCCCUCAAAGAUCCUCCCUACGAGAAGGCAACUGCCAUUGUCCUGACAUUCCUGGUUAAUAACUAUCACAACAAAUCAAAGCUCCAGCCGGCGAUGGAGUGGGAGAAAACUUACAUUGAAUACAUGAAGAAUUGGGUCGCCACGAAGAAGCCCAGCUACAUGGACGUUGCAUUCACCUCUGAAAGAUCCAUUGAAGACGAGCUGUACCGAGAAUCACAAUCAGAUAUAUCAACGAUUCUCGUAUCUUACAUCAUCAUGUUUGCUUACAUCACUGUUUCACUGGGGCAGAUGAAGUCCUGUAGUCGUUUGCUGAUUGAUUCCAAGAUCACCCUGGGCCUUGGAGGUGUUUUAAUAGUUCUAACAUCUGUGAUAUCCUCGGUGGGAUUGUUUGGAUUCAUUGGACUACCAGCGACAUUGAUUAUCAUUGAAGUUAUACCGUUCUUGGUGCUCGCUGUUGGGGUUGAUAACGUUUUUAUUCUUGUUCAAACACAUCAGAGAGAGGGCAGGAGACCUAAUGAAUCGAUUCCAGAGCACAUUGGCCGGAUCCUGGGUCAAGUUGGCCCCAGUAUGCUCCUGACGAGUGUCUCUGAGAGCUGUUGCUUCUUCCUUGGAGGCCUUUCAGACAUGCCUGCUGUCAAGGCUUUCGCCCUCUACGCAGGAAUGGCACUUCUCAUCGAUUUCUUACUACAGAUCACGUGUUUCGUGAGCUUGUUGACCCUGGACACUCUUAGAUAUUCGGGAAAUAGGAUGGAUGUCUGUUGCUGGAUUAGAGGAUCGAAGAAGGACAGUGGAGAGGAGGUCGUCGAUGGAGUUUUAUACAAAAUUUUCAAACUCGCUUAUGUUCCAUUUUUACUGAAGAAGUGGGUGAGGGCUGGAGUAAUGGUGAUAUUCUUCGGAUGGCUGUGCACGAGUAUAGCAGUGGUGCCUCAUAUUGAGAUUGGCCUUGAUCAGGAGCUUUCCAUGCCCGAGGACAGUUUUGUUCUGAAAUAUUUUAAAUCUCUGAAUCAAUAUCUGUCGAUAGGGCCGCCCAUGUACUUCGUGGUGAAAGGGGGACUGAAUUAUUCGGAUACAGAGACACAGAAUUUAAUCUGUGGCGGUCAAUGGUGUAACUCUGAUUCAUUGGGUACUCAGCUGUUCAUCGCUGCUCAACAGUCCAACAUAACUUAUGUUGCCAAACCAGCUUCCUCGUGGCUUGAUGAUUAUAUUGAUUGGAGUCAGGCGGACAAUUGCUGCAAAUACUUUCCAGGAAAUAAUUCUUUCUGUCCACAUGAGAAAUUUAUGUGUACGAAUUGUCCUCAGAGUAUCAACAAAUUGGGAAGACCUACUAGAUCGCAUUUCGAGAAAUAUAUUUCUUAUUUCUUGAAUGAUAAUCCUAAUGAUCAGUGUGUGAAGGCUGGCCAUGCUGCGUAUGGACAAGGAGUUAAUUAUAAAUUAAAUCCUGCUAAUAAUUUAUCGCAGGUUGGAGCCUCGUAUUUCAUGACUUAUCAUUCGAUUCUAAAGACUUCGGCUGAUUACUAUGAGUCCAUGAGAGCUGCCAGGAAGAUAUCGGAUAAUAUCACGAAUAUGAUUAAUAGUCAUAUGGAGGCUGCCAACCGUAGUGAGAGGACUGAGGUAUUUCCUUACAGCGUUUUCUACGUCUUCUAUGAGCAGUAUCUUACUAUGUGGCCGGAUACGUUGAAGAGCCUUGGCAUUUCCCUCUUGGCCAUAUUCUUGGUAACGUUCUUCCUCAUGGGAUUGGAUAUAUUCUCGUCGUGUGUAGUUGUCAUCACUAUUACUAUGAUCAUGGUCAACAUUGGUGGGUUGAUGUAUUGGUGGCAUAUUACACUUAAUGCUGUGUCGUUAGUUAAUCUUGUUAUGGCCGUUGGCAUUUCUGUGGAGUUCUGCAGCCAUCUCGUUCACUCAUUUUCAAUGUCAGUUAGAGCAACAAGGCUGGAGAGAGUUGCUGAUGCUGUAACGAACAUGGGAAGUUCAGUAUUCAGUGGAAUAACACUCACCAAAUUCGGUGGAAUAAUCGUACUAGGCUUUGCAAAGAGCCAAAUAUUCAAAGUAUUUUACUUUAGAAUGUAUCUGGCAAUCGUGCUGUUUGGUGCAGCCCACGGUCUGAUAUUCCUUCCAGUUCUCCUGAGUUACAUAGGCGUGAUGUCCCGCCGACGUAACGCAAGAGGUCGACUCCAAUCAGGUGGAUUUACCAACGAGAUCGCAGGCGGUGUACUCGUUGAUGCCACGACACCUCCUGUCCAGAAUAUUUCACACCCAACAACUUCCUACGGCAGUGUAAACAGCGAUCCUAGGUAGAAAUUGACGUUUUCACAUUAGGGAGAUAAUUGCAAUGUUGGGAGAGAGAUGGGGUAAUAUAACCAUUUUUCACUUUUUUUUUUUAUUGUUCACGUGUUGAAAAAUUUAAUGGGUAAGUCUGGUCAUUUCUGGGAGAUCUGAUUGACGGAUUUUUGAGGGAAAAAGGGUUAGAGGGUUUUUUUUUAUUAUUUCAAAAGUUUAUUUCAUGAUAAUUUAUUUGUCUCGGCAAUGCCAGGGAAAAAUGGAGAAAUUAAUUGAAUUUUGAUUACAAAUAAAUUAAAUUUUUCCACACGUACUAUGAACACUCAGAAUAGGUAUUUUGAAGUCAACAACAAGAACUCUAUUUUUCAUGGAAUUUGAAAUAAUUUCAUUUACUAAACUAUUAACGAGUUCAAACAGUCGAAGAUAUUUUUGUUGCACUUUAUCUUUCUGAAAAAUUGUCUAAAUAAUUAUAUUUUUGUUUUCGUAAUUUAUUGUCAAAAAAAUAACGGUUUAUCAAACUGUGUUCACGAUAAUGGCAUACACAUCAAAUUCAAUACGAAUUUAUUUAAAAAUAUGAGAAAAAUCAUUUCGCAACAUUUCAUCUCAGUCGAUCGUACAUUACGAUAAAAUAAAUUAUGAAUCAUCGCUGAUAUUAUUAACCGACGUAUGACGGAGCAAUAAUUUUCAUGCAACUAGUUUACAAUAAUUUCAGCUAUUUGGUAUUCAUUCGUGUGUGUGUUAAACGUUCGGGGCUGGCUUCAACAAUAUUAUUUUCAAAUACACGUGUUUUAUUAGCCUAAAAUUAUUGAAAAAUUUGUUGUCUGGAAAGACAAGUUGCUAAGUAUUACCAAGUAUUGCGAAUUGAGAAAAGAUGAGAAAAAUCAAUUGUAUCUUAAUUGUUGUUGUGUCGCUUUUCAUUUGUCUCUGUGGGAGGUACAUAUUUUUCAGCUUGCAUUUAAUCAAACGUCGUAGUCUUCAGCGUAUCUCUCAGGCAUAACAUCGAUUUAUCGUGAAAGUUAUUUCACAUUCGAGGUAUAAAGGGUCUAACGUCGGAAUUUCGAAUCUCAAAUAGGAAAUCUUCCGAGAAAAUUUCCUCCUCUGGGGCAUAAACGUUACGUGAAAAAUAAUUGACGUGUAUUUAAUAAUUUUAUACUGCUGCGCAGAGAUUUAUUGAAAAAAGGUAAAAAUAAGCAACAAUUCAAAUAAAAAUUCAUUGCGAAGGAAUUUGACUUGUAAUGCCAACUCAUCCCCUCGUUUCCAUGAAUUAGGAUUCAAUUCAUUGUUCAAGUCACGACUACAAUCACUUAAAUAAAUUAUCCCCAUUAUCGUGAUCGAGAUACAUGCUGUGUUACUGAUAUAAUCAUUUUCAUUAUAUAAAAUUCACCGAUAAAAACAACUGGAAAGAAUUUUGUACUAUGAAGAACGUAAUUUUUAUACAAAAAAUCACUUCAACUGAUACAAAGUUAAAUCUAAUGGAUGCAGUUUAUUGUUAAUAAAUUGAGUAAAGGUACGGGAUUUGGAUGUAAAUUAGUAAAAAUAAAAUCCUACUAGGGGUAUUUGUGGCAUAGAAUUGUAAUUUAAUUCUCAUAUUAUCGUCACUGGGAACGAUAUCGUCCGGUUAUUGUUGAUUUUGAUUGCGUAGAUAAUGUAAUUGCCACAGUGUAAUUUCAUUUGUAAAAUUCUGUUGAAAAUUUAAUGCAAUUCGAUGAAUGAUGGAAAAGUCUCUGUGAAACUAUACGCCAAGCAUUGUAAUCUUGUAUAUAGUGAUGUGAGAAAUAAAUAUAAAAAAAGGCAUAUCAAA